AUGCAGCGCUCGGCCUCGCCAGACACUGUCGGGCGAGGCUCGUUCUCGUCUGUUCGAGAACAUGAGUCUGGCCUCGCCCAAUCCUUCACCUCUUCCAAAAUUUCCUCCUACGCUGAAGCCUACGAAGAAGCCGUCGACGAUACUGGAGACGUGGUCAUGGCCAAUGCCGAAUUCAUCCCUCCCAUCACGAAACCCGCGAGCAAGCUCCAUGGAGCCUGGUAUCCUGCUGGUACCUCCUAUGGCCUUGGAUGGAAGGAAAUCAGGGUGAAGGGCAGAUAUGCGAGCAAGAGUUUUAGUGAUCUUCACGCACUCCAUCGGUUCACGGCCCUGCCCCCAUCCCCCAAACUUGACGCUCAUGAAGAGACUCCUAAUACUCAAGAAGGCGAACCCGGACUCCGACCCGGCAAUUCGGCCCUUGAACGGCUUCCCGCCGAAAUCCUUACUUCAAUCAUCUCUCUACUCGUCGUCGAGACCCCUACGAAUAGCACCGCAAAGCGCAAUGCUGAUCUACGUGCGCUGCUUCUCACCUCCAAGACCCUACACGGAGCCACCCUCGGGACUCUGUACACCCACAUCACCAUACCGCAUUCCAAGAUCUACCGAAAGUUCCUGACCCAGAUCUCUACCCAUCCUGAGCUAGGUGGCUUCGUGAGGCGGCUUGACUUUAGUCAUUUUAACCCUUCAACCCUCUUCUCUACGGAGCGUGAGAGGUCUAAUGCUGGCAAUCUGACUGCCAACACCCUUCUUGAGUGCCUUGAGCUGACCCCCAAUCUCAAGGAAUUCCUUGCUCAAGAGCACAUUGGAGAAAACCUGAGCCCCGAUGUCCUGCAGAAGCUGUUCUUCGGCAGCCUGCCAAGACUCCGAGCCCUUGAUUUUUGCGGCUGCUGGCACGCCGAUUUCCGGCGUUCCUUUGAGUCACUCUUGAACGUGGAAUGGCCCAGGAGGUGA